AUGGCGUUUAUGGGCAUCUAUACGGUCGGCUGUGUCCUUACAGUUCUACUGCAAUGCACGGAUAUCCGUCUGAUGUGGGACCAACGCGUCAAGGGUACAUGUUGGACCGUUAAAACAAGGCAAGCCUUGGGCUUUCUCAACAUCGUGCUGAACAUCCUUACCGACAUUGCCUUUUCAAUUCCCAUGUUAUGGGGCGUGCAGAUGAAUCGCCGUCACAAAGCUUCUCUCAUAUGUAUCCUUGGCCUCGGAACGUUCGCCACGGCCGCUGCCUUCGUCAAACUCUCCUACCUACCCGCCUACGGGCGCGAGGGCGACCUUUUGUGGGACUCGCGCAACAUGACCAUCUGGACUGUCAUUGAAUGCAACGUUGGCAUCAUCGCUGGCAAUCUGCCCUGCCUCAAACCGCUUUUCCGCUCUAUACUCGUUUCCACAUACGGCAGUGGUUCUCGCAAGACCUCGCAGCUUCGCUACCACUCAAGCGCAUACGCACCAGGCUCAAAGCAGCGCUCCGCAGCCAGAGACUAUGGUCAGUUAUCGUCUAAUAAGGCAUUAGACGGCGAAUAUGCAAGCUAUGGCGCGGCUGGCAAAGCGUACAUGUUGACGACGAUCGACGCCAAAACCAAGCAAGCUCGAGAGACGAGCGGAAGUUCAUCUGGAAGCAGCUCUCCAGUCGCAGAAAGAGGCAGCACCGAAAGCAUUACGAGGCUGAACAAUAAUAAAGCGCAAGCAUCUGGUGGAUUGGGUGAUAUUACAGUCACGACGAAGGUAGAUGUGAGCGAAUCGGUGCACUCGCAGGAACUAUAUCCGGAAGGGAGGACGUUUUGGAGACCAGAAGCAAAGGAAAUGGUCUAG